UCAGAGAAUGCCAACCAUACGACGUUGUUGCAUUGUGGGCUGUAACUCAAAUUCCCGCCUAAAUCCAAAUUUACAAUUUUUCCAAUUCCCUCGACCGGAAAAUCCUUUCUAUAAAUUGUGGACCCAGGCUUGUCAUGCCUCGCUGAGCCGUAUUCUCCCGUUUAAGAAACCGGUCCUCUGUGCCGAACACUUUGCUCCACAUUGCAUUGGUGGCCGCCGGCUGACAAGCAGUGCAGUGCCCAGUCUGAAACUGGAUGUUUCGUCCGAUAUGAAGCAUGUGGAGCAGCAAUCGAUGGUGGAAGAAAUCGAGCGCAGUCGCAAAUGCGCCUACAUCAAUGCCGUUGUCUAUGAAUGGCUGGUCAGGGCAAAUUUAAAUCCCCAGCUACGGGGGUCCAUUACGCACGGCAUGAUUAAGGAGAAGGCGGACACUGCAAGACGAAUAAUUGGCUGUGACUCAUUUACGGCCGACAAUCGUUGGUUGAAUCGUUUCCGCGAAAGCCAUUUGGCGGGAUUCGCACAGAAAUUGGCGUCCAAUCAGUUGAAACCCAUGGGGCCAUCACUGUGGAUACCGGAUAUUGUACAGGAACUGCAACACAUGUUCCCGCCAACCAACGCCGAACGAAUGGACAGUUUUGAAAAUGUACCGGAACAAUAUGUCAACUAUAUGAAACAAUAUGGCGAAUAUGAGGAAGAUGAUGAGGGAGGCGAACAAGAACAACAACCACCUAAUGGCUAUGGCAAUGAGCAUAACAAUGGUGGGGUUGGAGGUGGUUAUGGGGAACAAAAAAUGCCUCCCAGCCAUAAUUAUUACCAACAACAACAGCAGCAGCACCCACAUCCACAUUCAUAUGAAGCCCCACAGGGUUAUUAUCAACAACAUGCACAGCAUCCGCCCCAGCAUCAUCAACAGGUGCCGCCACCACCUUCACAUGCAAAUGCCUAUAAUCCUUAUGGACAUCAGGCGGGAGUUGGUUUGCACCAUCCGGCCUCUAGCUAUAAUGCUUAUCAUGAUUAUUAUGCCAACGAAAGGCACCAGCAAGCGCCAUAUCAACCACAUAUGCCACCACACCAUAACUACAAUGGAGGAUAUCAUCAUCCGGGGCAGCAAACAAUGCCACCGCAUCAACCGCCACCACAAAGGCCGUUGUCGCAUUCCCCGGUACAGCAACGCCCCACACCACCACCGCCGCCGCCAGUACCACAGCAGUAUCCACCUCAACCGCUAAGGCCGUCCUCACAUUCUCCAGCUCAGGUUAGAUCAUCGCCGCUCGAUCCUUUGCAAUUUGGUAGAACAUCGCCAGCAGUUAAAAGACCCUACCCCACCGAGGAGCAUAGCAAUAGUUUGCCAUCUAGUAAACGUGCCUCGCCGGCCAUAAAUGACAGCAAUGCCAUAUCACGUUCUCCACCAACAACACCCACGGCCACCAAAACUCCGCCACCACAGCCACAAAACGAAGCUUCUGAAUCGAAUAGUAAUGAUAAUUUUAAAAUUAAGUUACCUUCCAUUACAUCGAAUAGAUCAAAUAAUGCGACGCCAAUUCCCCAGGCUUCCUCAACACCAUCCAAUGCAAACCAUACGACGAAUACAACCAACAGUUCUUCUUCUCGUUCAUCAUCGCCAAAAUCUCAAACCGACAAAAAUAGUGGCGCCAUAGCAAAUGGUCAUGCGAGCAAUGGUUCCCCCACACCCAUCAGUAUGGGUGGUGGUGGCGAUACACCAAAGGAAUUGGAAACAUAUGCGCAGGCAUUGGAAUAUCUUAAGCCACUCGAAGAUUUUGCUCUCUUCAAAGAGAAUUUCCGGGCCAUUGGUCUAAUAUCACAAUUAGAAACAAUAUUGAAAAAAUACAAUCGUCCUCCAGUAACCAACAAAAGCAACAACAAUAAUAAGGCUAUAGCCGCCAAUGGCUGUAAUUAA